GAGAAUAAACAUUCGUCUAAGUGCUGCAUUCCUUUACUUAUUGAUAGUAAAACACACGUGUUUGAAUAUCUUCACACGUAGAUGUCGAAACAGGUGUCUUUCUGUUCGAGGGGCAUAUGUGACUCACACGGGACACACAAGUGGUUAAUGGCCUCAUGCAUAAUAAAUAAGUUUGAGAAAUGCGUGUUCUGAAAGCGCGAGCGAGUAACGGUAGUUUUUUUGUUUUACUCUUGAACUGAACACCGCAGGCGAGAAAAUUUCUUUGUCAGUCUUCGUGGAAAUCUUCGUUUGUUGCACAAGGUUUUCCUCCGUAUGACUGACCAUACUGGCAACUUCCAUUUCUUCGUUACUACUUGAGUACGAUGUAUCACGACUCUCGGUAGAACUUGCUGACUGAGGUAGGUAUACAUCGCUAUCGGUCAUUAUUUCAAGAGUAUUUCAACGCUGAAUAAUACCAAACUUCAAGAGAUGUGAGAGCCUGAAAGUUUUCACAGCUUUCUAAUUCAUCACCCGCAAAACGGCUUACGAGACACUUUUAAGACAAAAUAAGUGCACUAUGGGGCCCGAAAAAACCCGAUGUUUAAUUUUUCUGGAAGUUUUGUUCUACAGGAAUUGGUUUGUACAUAUGAUAAGAUAGAUAAAUACGCAAAAAAAAUUCGUGUCAAAGGCACUUAAAUUCUCUCUAUUUCCGCCUUGGUGAAGCGUUAAACUCUCAGGCGUAACCAACAAAGAGAUGAAGGCCUUAUUUGGGGGAGUAGCUGUCAGAUCUUGAAGGUUAAAAUGGUUGAUUUCAUUGGUUUAGAAUACGACUAUCGUGACCUUUUUAAAACCCGCUUCCUCUACACGACACUGUUAUUUAGAGCCGGUUUUUCAGGGGAUCAACUCAGACUUCUUUAAAACUUUCUUUCCUUGCCAGCAUGAACAGUAGGAAGAUGUCGCCUUAUCAUAUGCUCUUCCAGCUCCUCAUACUGAUUAACUUGGAGGCUGGAAUGGGAAUUCCGAUUGAGAACUAUUUAGGAAAUACUCUGUCUUCCACAGCUAAUGAAGACCAAUUAAUGCCUGGCGAUCAAAAGAACGCCUCCUUUUUCCAGCUCAAGAUCUCCCGCAGACCUCCAGAGGGGAACGAAGAGCGUUCAAAGAAUUCAUCACCAAGUUUUCACGGAGAAUCUACUCAUGAACACAUUGAAGCGGUCCAGACUGAAGGAUCCUCACCUCAGGAAAUGAAACGCAAACGUCUCCAACAGAACGCUGAACAUGAAGGUACAGCCUGCCAAAGAUUGGAUAUGAUGGUAAACUCUUCAGAUCUUGGACUGCCUUCCAAGUACAUCAUACCUGAGCGUUUCAAUGCCUACCAGUGCAAGGGAAAAUGCAACCCCAGGCAACCAAACAGGUUUGUCCUUCAUUCUUUACUGAAGGCUUUCAUGAACGAGAAAAAGAAAGGUAGCUCAACUGAUGACACCACGACUUGCUGUAUACCAAUCAAGCUGCGGCCAAUGCGUUUCUUUUACUAUUACAAAGGGGAAUUCGUUGUGCAAACAUUUAACAUGAUGAUUGUUGAAGAAUGCGGCUGUUACUAAAUUAACUCACCUGUGGUAUUGCGAAAACCCAAAAGAUAAGGCCAUUGCAGUCACUAAAUACUCAUUUACUGUGUAGGUCUUAAAAGUCAGCCAUCGCCUAAAUAACUACAAUUUUUCUUGCAUGAGUAAAACGUAAUAACACAACAAACUGAUUUGUUGUUUCCGAAUAUGUUACUUGCAACGUUUACUUUCGUCGAUAUCAUGUGUAGUUAGUCUAAAACAUUACUUCAAUGAAGAUAAAAUUCACGAGGUUAGUGCUUACUGUUCACUGAAGAGCCACCAGUCCCGAAGACAAGAUUUAUAUGGAGAAGGAAUAAAGACCUCAUCAAGCGGGACAGUUCCUUCUAAUCAUGAAGUUAAUUCUAAUUUACAUGUUAGGCUUCGCAUAUAGCUCAGCUCACGAAACUUCGUGAAGGAUUCCACAUUCAAGGUCUUCUACUACGUAAAAAUUACACGUGCCGAAACAGCGGAUACGUGAGCAUGCACGUGUCCGCCAAGACAGUUACUGUGGACGAUAACUAAAGAUUUAGGACUUACACUAACGUCGACUCAAACAGGAUCACAAUCCGUCAAAAAUAGUUUUAUUGCGUGCGAAUUACACGUGCCGACACACGUCUAGUACUACUUCGCAGACACGUGAGCAUGCGCGUAUACGCCAAGACAAUAUAAAUGUGGAAGAUAACCGAAGAUUUAGGACUUAUACUAACGUCGACUCAAACAGGGUCAUGCUUCGUCAAAUGUAGUACAUUAAAUACAGAAGUUAGAUCAACAGCUUUGUAAGGCUCAUAAGCCCCUCAAGCCUGUAUUUGUCACUGACAUUCUCUUUAAUCGUCUUUCUCUAGUUUUAUAUCCAAUAGAUUUAUGUUAUGUAACUUGACAGCAGAGUCCAGACCAAAGGAUACUUUUCAGGGGCUUGGCACACUGAGGUUUGUACCUUAUUAUAUAAGACUACACCGGAAUGUAACGAAACCUUGUUUAUCGUUUCGUCAUCAUAAUGGUGCAAUAUCAUCUUGCCCCAGACUCUAAAGUACUAAACAGCUACAUAGUACACUAAAUAUAACUUACUUGUCUCCUUGUAAGUAACCGUAAAACACAUUACAAGUACAAAUACA